CAACUUCUUAACCAAGAAAUUCAGAAGUACUUUUAAAUGUCGUUAAUUUUGCAUUUUAAGUUAUUGUUCCUUCUGCGUCAGUAUUAUGUGAAAAGCUAAAAGAUGCUGUCAGUUCUGGGUUAAAAAAAAAAACGUUUUUAAGACAGUUUAGGUGCUCAUUUUUUAUAAUUUUAUACCAUGUCUUUUAUACUACCUGUUCAAUGGACAGUUUUUACUUAGGUUUUUAAUAAUAAACUGUUAUGUUGUAAAGAGAAACUUUCUUUUUUCUCUUUUGCCAUUUUUGUUUUUAGCAUCCAUCCAUCUAUUUCAGUCAUAACAUUUUACAAACUCCAAAACCUGAAACAAAAUUUUAAAAAAAGCAAAACAAGUUUUUUUGAAAAGCACUAAAAUGCAAAUGUAUCAAUGAGACUCAUUGUGUCCAUAUGUGAUAAAGACUGAAAACUGUUAUUUUUUUAUGUCUGUUGUUCACAGCUUUGACAAAGAUGGAAGUAGUAAUGUUGAAACAUGCCACUUAUAUAUUUCAGCAAUGUGAGAGUUAAAAAAUAAAAUAAACUUUAGUCUAAAGUGCAAAGUUUGGAUGCUGUUUUGGGAGACUUUUGCUUUUAACAUUGUUAAUUUUCUAUAGAUUAAAAUGUAUGAUGCUUAACCACAAAGUUUUCCAGUUGCAUAAAUUCACAUUUAGUCAAACACAUAGUCCUCAUUUCCAUGUAGUUGAUUGUUUUUUUGUAGUAUAGCUCAACGUAAAUUGGCUCGUUGAGAUGGUGCUAUUCUCAGUACGUUUUCCAUAAUUAUGUCACAUAGUCGGAGUGAACGUUUGGAUAAUUUGGAGUAUUGGAGAUUGACCUGAAAACUGUCAGGUCAGUCUCCCAACACUGAGGAUCAGAGACGGUGAUGUGUCUUCGUGCAUCUAAAACUUUGUCUUCCUGAAGCAGAGGAGAGGGGUGGGAGCCACGCUGAAUAAUGUAUUCAUGCUUGGGUAGUGUACUCACCACAGAGUGAAUAAUGGAUGAUCCCAUCACAGGUAACCUCACAGGCACACACUUAUCUUUCUCUUACCGACACCUGUGUGUGAGCGUGUAUGUGUGUGAGCAAAUCAUGUGUGAAUAAAUGAAAGAAAUCAAGUACAGCAGUUUAAAUUUGUACCAAUUUAUUCUUCUUCUCUUUAAACUUUUAAUAGUUCUGGUGUCUUUUUUCCGCGUUAGCUCGUUUUUGUGUCUGGUGAUUGUGAUACCGACGUCUAUCCAGAUAUUUUACAUCACUAUGAAGCUCCUCUUACAUAAAAGUCGGUGUGGUGUUUCAUGCCAAACCGUGCCUUACUAAAGUACCGUUUCCCCUUCAAUCUUUUCACCUGUUCAUUCACUACAACCACAAACUUGAAGAACUUUAUUAGGAUUUCAUGUAAAAGACCAAAACAAGAUUGUGAAUAACUAUAACGGGGAUCUGAAACAAUUUUUCUUCUUCUUACUUUUUGUUUUACAAGUAGAAAUUUGAGUUGCAGCUUCUGAUGUGUUUUCCUUGCAGGAUCGCCUUGCAUGUUUAUCCAUCCGUUUCCCCAUGAACUCUUACCAGCAUCCCUGUCUCUACCUCCAAGUUUCAAGGUCGCCAAUGUUUGCUCAGUUUGUUGUGUUUCUGCCACACUGCGUUUUUCACGCAGGCCACAUGUUUGCCACUGUUGUAAAUUUUUUUAGUGCUCAAUAAAAAGUCGUCCAAUCGACAGAUAAUCUACCUGAGCUGUGGAUCUCUGCACCUCCUCCAAAGCUUCCUCUGAGCUGCACUGUUUUCAUUUUGUGAAGCUGAAUUGGAUAAAUUGGUAAAAUGCUCAACACAGGGUUUGUACGGAUGUUUGAAAUCUUUGAAGCUACUUGAAUUUCAAUUAGAUGUUUUCAAGGUUUGGAAAGUGAUUGGUUUUAGUUUAAAGUCCUUGAAAGUUCUUAAUAUUCAAACAGCACAGCUUUGUAACAAAGUACAAUCUAACAUUUUAUUAAAAGCCCAAAUUUGCAGUUGAAACCAGAUAUUUGUAUUUAAUUUUUUUCCUCACCGUCUGAAGUUAAAUCAGACUAAACUUCCCCUGUUUUAGAUCAGUUAGAAUUACCGAAAUUAUUUAAUGUGACACAUUUUUAUUAUUAUAUUUCAGUUUACCUUGUUCCUGCUAUAACAUGUAGAAUACUAUUACGAGACAUUGUUAAUAACAUAAUGUCAUAUAUUAAAUGAUAUAUAAUAAUGAAUUGGAACUGUUUUCUUUAAUUUGUUUGUGUUAUUUUAAUCUCCAAAGUAUGGUGCUGGAAAAGUAAAAAAAAAAAACAAACUUCAAAAUGUUUGAAUUUUGCUGUGGGAAAAGUGUCGAAGGUUGACAUGUUUAAUUACAUUUUAUUUAUGGGUAAAAUAGUAUAAGUUACUGAAUACUGUUUUUAGAUUUGUAUAAUAAUUCACUGAAGUUUGUGGUUUUUGCAUGACAAAAAUGUUGUGAAGACUUUAUGCUAAAAUGCCACUUGGUGAGUUUUCUGAGGUUGUACCUGUAGCUUUCCUGCUCUUCAUUCAUCUGCUCUCUGGUCACAGGCACAAGAUGUACUGACUGCAGGUUCGUGGGAAGGGGGAACUAUGUUCACAUGUAGCGAUCAGAUUCUGGCCUGGUGUCACAUUUCUGUGAAUUUGAGAUCACGCUGUUGCGUCUGCCUGAUUGUCCAUUCUUUGUGAAGGAGUGCUAAAAUGUCAUUACACGCAACACAGAAGCAGCUUCUGGAAACACAGUUUUGAUCUCUGGCCUGAACAUCUCUGGAUCUCCAGACGGGACAGGAAGCGACCCAUUUAAGACCAUUACCGCAGCUGCCAUCGAUAUGCAAAGUGUUUUAGGUCGCCCAUUGGGGAGGCAUAUCCACUGACAGGGACAUUAUUACUCAUUGGCCACACUUCCGGAGAUUGUGUUUCAGGCGUUAGGGAGCUCCCGAGUCAUCCUCCAGGCGUUUAUGUCACUUGUGCGUGCUUCUGUGUCUGUCUGCCAUCGGAGGAGAGGCCGCUCACCUGCAGGGAGAGAGAGGACACUGAGGACCUGGAAGGGGUCUCUGCUGCAUGAGAAGAACGGGAAACCGUGCACAUCGACUGCCAAAAGAUGUCCCACCAAACUGGGAUUAUCGCUACAGCCGAGCUCAAACAGUUCUUGGCUCAAGCGAGAAGAGGUUCCAUCAGAAUAAUGAAGAUCAUAAUCAGCAAUGAGGAGCUGGUGUUGGAUUCGUUCAGAGAGCCGGUGCAGAGCUGGGACCAAGACUACGAUCAGUUUGUGCUUCCUCUUCUCACGCCUCAGGAGCCCUGCUACAUUCUUUACCGCCUGGAUUCCCAGAAUGCACAGGGAUACGAGUGGACAUUCAUCGCAUGGUCACCUGACCAGUCACCAGUGAGGCAGAAGAUGAUGUACGCUGCGACCCGUGCCACACUGAAGAAAGAGUUUGGAGGAGGUCACAUCAGAGACGAAAUGUUUGGCACAGUCGAGGACGAUCUGUGCUUUCAGGGAUACAUGCGCCACCGUUCCUCCUGCUCCUCUCCAGCUCCUCUAACAUCGGCCGAGCAGGAACUACAACGAAUCAAAAUCACAGAGGAUAAAGUUGUCUGGGAUGAACGGAGAAGAAUUGGAACCCCAACGGCGCGAGCGAGGGUCACAAUGGAGUUUGGUUUAGACAAGAGAGCACAGACUCUUCAGGGUCUUGCGUUCCCUUUACAGGAAGAUGCCAAACGAGCUCUGCAGCAGCUCAAGCACAAACGCAUCAACUACAUCCAGCUGAGGCUGGAUGUAGAAAGAGAGACGAUCGAGCUGGUUCACACCAAACCCACAGAAACCCACGAGCUUCCCUUCAGGAUCCCCACAGACUCCCCACGAUAUCACUUCUUCGUCUUCAAACAUUCCCAUCAAGACCAGCUGCAUGAGGCGCUGGUGUUCAUAUACUCGAUGCCUGGCUACACCUGUAGUAUCAAGGAGCGGAUGCUGUACUCCAGCUGUAAGAACCGGUUACUGGACGAGGUGGAGCGAGACUACCAGCUGGAAGUCACCAAGAAGAUGGAAAUAGAUAGCGGCGACAGUCUGACAGAAGACUUCCUGUACGAGGAGGUGCACCCAAUGGAGCACACCCUGAAGCAGGCCUUCGCUAAGCCCCGAGGCCCAGGAGGGAAGAGGGGCAACAAGCGCCUCAUCAAGGAGACAGGAGAGAACGGGGAGGAAAAUUAGACAUUGCACCCAUUAAUCAUAUCCACAGAAAUUUAGAAAUGUUGAAGAAAUGAUCUCCUGUUUCACUACUAACCUUCAGGCCACUGAUUCUCCAUUUUUAUUUCACUACAAAGUUUUUAAAGUGAAACUGAAUGAAAUGUAGCUCUCAGAUACAUUUCCCUCCCCAUCUGAAUCUUCUGCUGUCAACACACAGCCAAGGUUUUUACACAGCAAACAUCUGAAACUGAAUAUUACUGCUAACUAUAUAUUUAACCCCAAUUUGGCCUGUUGUUAGUGUUGGUGCAGCAUAUUUGUGGAAAUUUGAAGGCCUUUAAAGAUGUACAGUACACUCAACAGUUAUUGUUAACCGUGCAGGAAACCUUGCAGCAAAUUAAUCUUUUAUCUCAGUAGUAUGAGAAAACAAACAAACUUUAAUUUUAUUACAUUUAUUCAGUGGAGAAACACAGCUGGAUAUAACUAACCCCACACUGCUUGUGUAAAAUAAAUGUUAUGGAAGCAUAUUUUCUACUCAAUGUUUCAAGUUUAUUAGACAUGUAGGAACCUUUAAUCAGCAAUCAAUAACAUCCUGUAUUCCUUUGGUAUAAAUAUAUUGUAACACAGAAGUAAAUUUUUCCUUAGCCUCUCUUCAAAACUACAAAGACACUAAAGUGUUUUUUUCUUAUCCUCCAAGUCAAAAUGUCGCCAUAAUUGUAGAUCUAAUUGGUUUUUAUAAUGUGCACCUGAUGUGAUCCCACUGUGACUGAUUUUUCAUUAUCUCUCCAAAAACAAAACACAUAAAUAAAAAUGUACAAAAGUUUAAAACAACUGCAAAUGGCUGAAAGAUGAUCUAGGCUUAUCUCGUCAUCAUGCACAGAGAGCAGGAAAUUAAGGAAGGAAAAAAUAAAUCUCUUAAGCUCUUGCAGUCACCAAAUCUCCGUGGCAACCAUUAGAUGCUAUCUGCAUGCCAACCGGUGGUUUGGGAGACAUGCUGAGAAAAAAAGCCUUUCCUCUCCUCACGUCCUAAUUGUAAAUCGGUGGAGUUUGCUAAACGCCGCCUGAGCUUUGACUGGUAAGAUGAGACAAUAUUGAGCUUUUCAAGAAUAAAUACUUUUGUCUGAUGUAAAACAAAGGAAGAAAACGUGGGAAAGUCCCUCACUGCUAAGCACGGUGUAGCCUUGUGAUGCUGCGGGAUUGUCUAUCUUCAAAAGGCCUGGAGAAUCUUGUCAGAAUGCACAACAAGAUGAACUCUUUGAAGAGUUUAAAUAAGAGCCACACAUUUAAAUUAGUUGUCAUUACAUCUUUCAGUAGCGUAAGGAGCCAAAUCAACACAGAAAUUGUUUGUAAGACGCUAAACAACCUGCCUUUCCUUGGUAAUCUACAUUCCUAGAUGGAUGAUCUACGUCAUGAAGAUUGUGCAAAGAGGAACGGUCAAAGAUUAACAACAGGGUUGGCAGUUAGUGAGGACUGGCGACUGAAAAAUAAGAAAAAAUAUCAAAAACAUUGAGUUUUUCCUCCUUCCUGGAAUAGCUGUAGUUCCAAAGGCUUGUCCUACUUUCUGCGUUUUCUGUAAAAUAUUUAUUUCUCUGGGUCUGCAUCACCAUGAGACAGAUUUUUGUAAAACAUGACAAUUGCUAGUUUAAUUAAUAAUUAAUUUAUCUUGGUAGCAGACUGUGCAGACACCGUGACAAGAAAUGUUGCAGUGAUUUCCAAAAUCCAGAAACGUCUGUCUGCAGCUUAUGAAUUAAAUUGUUAGUAUUAAAAUAAUAAAACAAAUCUACAUUUUAAUUUCAGGGACACAUAAAAAAGAUGGCAAACUGUUGCAGAUUCUGGUUGAAAGAUUUCAGCACUGUUAAUGGCUAAUAUUCACUUUUAAACCACAGAACUCGUGAUUUCAACACACACUUGUCAGGUUGUUCUCAAUUAAUGGAACCACACUGGUGUGGGUCAGGUCCAGUGGGAUUUUUCCAGUUGGAAAAACUGCUGAAGUCCUGGAAAACAUGCAGCAAAAGCAGCAAAGAAGAGAACCUGGUCACAGUGACAUGGUGAUGUUUCACAAGAUGGCGCUUUGCUCUUUAAAAUCUCGGACUAAAAAAUUCUUUGGAGAUUUUUUUAAACUAAUCAGAGGCGCUAUUAUGAAAAUUUGGGAUAAACAAUCUGAUUCAAAUGAAAACCUUGCCUGGGGGUUUCUUUAUUUUUCCCGAAACUUUCUAUUGCUUUGCUGAAAUAAUUGAUUCCCUUCUCUUAUUUUAAGCGCCAGAAAACCAACCUAAAGCACAGAUUUUUAACAUCUUUUUGCAAACAAUUUUAAAUUAUCGGAGCAUUUUUCCUGUGAUGUAAAUGUGUUUUGAUCGAAAAAGGCCUACAAUGCAAAAACACAAUCUCAUGCCAAGUAAUUUUGGUCUAGUUUGUAGUGCAAAUAUCUUGGAACAUUUAAAAUACUCAGAUAUAAGUAACUUUUCAGCAAGAAAUAGGAGCUUGUUUUAAGUAAAAAAUUCCUUAAUAUUGAGGAAAAAGUAUUAGAUUUACUGGCAGAUAAGAAGUUAUUGACUUAAAACUAGCUCCUAUUAUUUGCUAAAAAGUUAUUAAUUAAUCUGCUUUGUCUUAUUUCAAUUGUACUAAGAUAUUUACACUAGUCCAAAAAUAAUUGAUGAGACUGUGUGUUUUUCAGUGUACUGCAUUUAAUGGAUUCAAAACGUCUUAAAACUUAUUUUUACAGCUUAAUUUUAAUUUUAUCGAGGUCAUAAAGAGCAGCGGGAAAUUGCUGUGAAAUCUCUGUUUUAAAAUGGAUUUUCUGUCAUGAUUUCUGUGCUAUUCUGACACUGCGGUGUAGCCUAUCUGCAUUAAAUUUGGACAAACUACAUUAUCUCCUCCUCCAAUCUAUAUUUAACAACAUUUAAAUGAAACUUGUUGUUUUACAUGGUCAUAAAAUAAAAUAUUUUCUGUA